UUCACUCUGAUCAGCUGAUUCCAAGUGACAACAAGAGAGGAGGAAGCCUGGGAGGCAGCAGAGGAGGAGGGGGCGGAGAUGUUGCUGAGGAUGGAUCUGUCGGGGCCCUAGAGCAGCCUAGGUCCCGUCGGUAACCCGCGUCUCCCACAUCGCCUUGCCGCGGCCAAGCUGCUCCGGAUGAGUGAAAUCCUCUUCCCCUGUUCUAGGGAGCCCUUGAAAUACUGGCUGGAGGAGGUUCACAUGUGCCAGACAGCUCCUCCCUCCCCACCUUCUUUCAUCACUACGACUUUGUGGCUGAGGCCCAGCUGAUGAGCCUACUACCUUUGUGAACCCAGCAAGCCUCUCACCGCACAUCCAAGACUGAGCCCAGUUCCUUCUGACUACAACUUUCUCUGCACUUUGUAGAUGAUGAAACCUUCAAACUCAAUCGACAGUGCUGCUGAAACAAGAGCCUGGGAAGCAGAGCACUAAAAAUUUGGACAUUUGUGUGUGUGCAAAAAUUCUUAGCCAGACAGGUUUUGUUUUUUAAAAAGUGUUCAGAACCCUGUGGAAGCACUAGCCACCUUCAGACUCCAAGCCUUUGUCUUCCUUCAUUCCCGGGCGAGUACAGUAGUGAGUGGUCCAGGCGGGGUGGUUUUCAGACAGUCUAAGUUAUGAGUGCCCAGGCUUCCCCAGCCGAGAAGGGCCUGAAUCCGGGCCUCCUGUGCCAGGAGAGCUAUGCCUGCGGCGGGACUGACGAAGCCGUCUUCGAAUGUGAUGAGUGUUGCAGUUUGCAGUGUCUUCGCUGUGAGGAGGAACUGCACAGGCAGGAGCGCCUUCGAAACCACGAGCGGAUAAGACUCAAAGCUGGCCACGUCCCGUACUGUGACCCCUGCAAGGGCCCCAACGGGCAUUCUCCAGGUGUGAGGCAGAGGGCAGCCGUGAGGUGCCAGACCUGCAAAAUCAACCUGUGUCUGGAAUGCCAGAAGAGGACUCAUUCGGGAGGUAACAAGCGGAGACACCCCGUUACUGUGUACCAUGUCAGUAAGGCCCAGGAACCCCUGGAGGGGGAAGAGAUGGAUGAGGAGACCAAGAGGAAGAAGAUGACAGAGAGGGUUGUGAGCUUCCUCCUGGUCGAUGAAAACGAAGAGAUUCAGGUAACAAAUGAAGAGGACUUUAUUAGGAAAUUGGACUGUAAGCCCGAUCAGCAUCUCAAGGUGGUUUCCAUUUUUGGAAAUACUGGUGAUGGAAAGUCUCAUACCCUCAACCACACUUUCUUCUAUGGCCGAGAAGUCUUCAAAACCUCCCCUGCUCAGGAGUCCUGCACGGUGGGAGUAUGGGCAGCCUAUGACCCAGUCAAUAAAGUAGCAGUGAUAGACACAGAAGGGCUCUUGGGGGCCACUGUGAACCUCAGCCAGAGAACACGGCUGCUGCUGAAGGUCCUGGCCAUUUCAGACCUGGUCAUCUAUCGAACUCAUGCAGACCGGCUGCAUAACGACCUCUUCAAAUUCCUCGGGGACGCCUCAGAAGCUUACCUGAAGCACUUUACCAAGGAACUCAAGGCUACCACUGCACGCUGUGGCCUGGAUGUCCCCUUAUCCACCCUGGGCCCUGCAGUUAUUAUUUUCCAUGAGACUGUGCACACGCAGCUCCUGGGUUCUGAUCACCCUUCAGAGGCACCCGAAAAACUCAUCCAGGACCGGUUCAGGAAGUUGGGCCGCUUCCCCGAAGCCUUUAGCUCCAUUCAUUACAAGGGAACGAGGACAUACAAUCCCCCUACAGACUUCUCCGGGCUUCGGCGCGCUUUGGAGCAGCUGCUAGAGAACAAUACCACCAGGUCUCCCCGGCACCCGGGGGUCAUCUUCAAAGCCCUGAAGGCACUGAGCGACCGCUUCAGCGGUGAAAUCCCCGAUGACCAAAUGGCGCACAGUUCAUUUUUUCCAGAUGAGUACUUCACCUGCUCCUCGCUCUGCCUCAGCUGUGGGGUUGGGUGUAAGAACAGCAUGAACCAUGGCAAGGAAGGAGUGCCUCAUGAAGCUAAGAGCCGCUGCAGGUACUCGCACCAGUACGACAACCGCGUUUACACUUGUAAGGCCUGUUAUGAGAGAGGCAAGGAAGUCAGCGUGGUGCCCAAAACAUCUGCCUCCACGGACUCUCCCUGGAUGGGUCUUGCAAAGUAUGCCUGGUCUGGGUAUGUGAUUGAAUGUCCUAACUGUGGUGUGGUCUACCGGAGCCGGCAGUACUGGUUUGGGAACCAAGAUCCUGUGGACACGGUGGUGCGGACCGAGAUUGUACAUGUGUGGCCUGGAACUGAUGCAUUUCUGAAGGACAACAACAAUGCUGCCCAGCGUCUGUUGGAUGGGAUGAACUUUAUGGCUCAAUCAGUGUCUGAGCUUAGCCUUGGACCCACUAAGGCUGUGACUUCUUGGCUAACAGACCAGAUCGCCCCUGCCUACUGGAGGCCCAACUCCCAGAUCCUGAGCUGCAACCAGUGUGCAACAUCCUUCAAAGACAACGACACCAAGCAUCACUGCCGGGCCUGUGGUGAGGGCUUCUGCGAUAGCUGUUCAUCCAAGACACGGCCAGUCCCUGAGCGGGGCUGGGGACCUGCGCCCGUCCGGGUGUGUGACACCUGCUACGGCGCCAGGAACGUCCAGUUAGAUGUGGCUGAGGUGCAGGCAGAUGAUGAAGGUGGAACACUGAUUGCGCGGAAGGUGGGCGAAGCCGUGCAGAACACCCUGGGUGCCGUGGUGACAGCUAUUGAUAUACCACUAGGCCUGGUGAAAGAUGCCGCCAGGCCGGCCUACUGGGUGCCCGACCAUGAGAUCCUGCACUGCCACAGCUGCCGGAAGGAGUUCAGCGUCAAGCUCUCCAAGCACCACUGCCGAGCUUGCGGACAGGGCUUCUGUGAUGAGUGCUCCCAUGACCGGAGGGCUGUCCCCUCUCGUGGCUGGGACCAUCCCGUCCGAGUCUGCUUCAACUGCAAUAAAAAGCCCGGUGACCUUUAACCCCAGCUCCCUCUCCGAUUCCUUCAGAAUUCCUUAGGUUCUCAGGGUUAGAAACAGAAGUCUCACUGAGGCUGGCCUCCUGGUCACCUGUUGUGGUGUGUGUGCUCUCCUUUCACGUCCCUGGGCCACUUCCCCUCAGGAGGUGAGCCUGAAGGCAUGAACCACCUCAGGGCACAGGACCCAAGCAGCUCUCAGUAAAGGGGAAUGGACUGAGUCCAUUACAUUUAUUUCAGUUAAAAAUAAUAAAUCUAUCUACCUGUAUCUCCAUAUAUCCAUGUAGAGGGGAUUUGGAGUGAUUAAGGCUGCUUCUGCUUUGAAGACGUACCCCAGUGUGUCCCCGGCACAGGGAUAAGGUGGCCUUGGGUGCCAGUCUUCCACAUGAAGCCAGCCAGGUUCAGAGUCACCUUUGCUGCUGCUCCCCGAGCUUGGCAGAGGCUUUCCGGCCCUCCCCUCCUGCUCCUGGGGUGCCUGGAUGGCUGCUUUGGUUUGAACCUCCUCUUGCCUGAAGCAGCCUGGGGCGGGGUCCACCAGGCUUCCCGCGUGAGUUCUGGUCUUUGAUUCUAGCCUGUGCUAGAGAGGCCGUCAGCUUUGUGUGCUAGCCACUGGUGUGUGUAGAGGGGCGGAGGGGCAGGGACUUGAGACAUAACACGUCAAAAUGCAGGUGCUUGUGGCCCCUGCAGUUGGGGCGUCCAGUAGGAAGCAGGUCUCCCCUAGCAGGGUAUCUGUCUCCUCGAGGCUUUCUUAGAAGGCUACACCCCACUCCUGAGUCAGCUCAACUCCUCCCCCUCUGCCCUGGAGUCCCAACCCGCUUCUGAGUGUCACAUUAGCAUUUUUAUUACUCAAAAGUGUCUUAUUCUUUGUUUCCAGACAUAUGACCCCUCUGUCUGUUAGAGGGGAGAGGGGUGAUCAUGAGAUGCCUCCCAGGGAAACAGCACAGAAAGGACUGUUGGUUGUGUUUUUUUAAAUAUAUAUAUAUAUAUAUAUAUCAACAGAUCAUAAGGAAAAAAAUACUCUGGUUCUUGCAAGAGAAAUCAAAUGAACAGAUGUUUCUCAACAAGAGCCUGGACGUCACAUCGAUCAUGACUGGAAAGACUGUCGUGCGGAACUCCCGUGGGGUGGAGUUCAUCAUCAAUGGCCAAAAAAGAAUUAAAGCAACAUUGUUAUCGAUUGAACUGAUGGGUGGGGCGGAGCCUCGGGGAGGUAUGUGGCGGCCAUUUCCCCUGGAAUGGAUCGGCUCUUCUGAGACCAGCUCCCUUCGGCCCCAGGCCUGCUCUAGAACUGUCCCUGUCACCACCAUA